UAUAGAAAAAUGUUCUCCAAAAUCGUUACUUUUGGUGCCCUUUUGGCUGCGGCCAAUGCUGGUCUUUAUGGACAUGCUGUGUCUUCACAAAGUAUUAUACGUCAUGAUGGAGGACACUAUGCCCCUCUGGCAUACGCUCCAGUGGCUUAUGCCCCUAUCGCUCAAUAUGAUCACUACGACGGUGCCCACUACAACGGACAUGAUGCUUACACUCACCCCAAAUACGACUUCGCGUACUCAGUAGCCGACCCCCACACUGGUGACCACAAGUCCCAGCACGAAAGUCGCGACGGUGACGCCGUGCACGGAUACUACUCUCUGGUGCAGCCUGAUGGUUCCGUCCGCAAGGUUGAAUACACCGCUGAUGCUCACAAUGGUUUCAACGCUGUGGUGCACAACUCUGCCCCCUCUAUUCACCCCCAACCCGCUUACCAUCAUUACUACUAAGAAAAUUGCGUCGAA